UUAUGUAAUUGCUUUUUUUCAAGUCCGGACCUACUGAGACAGGAAGUGCCUUUCUCAAGAUGUCGUACAUGCAGACGAAUGUCUUGUCGCACGCGCAACGCGUGCGGCGUUUGUACAAGGAAGGAUGUCGACAGCUGCAAUCUUUCUAUCAACAAAGACACAUCUUUCGUUACCAAGCUGUUUUGCUCCGAGCACGUUUCGAUGAAAACAAGAGUGAAGUGGAUGUGAGGAAAGCCAAGAAAUUGCUUCUUGAUGGGGAAAGAGAACUCUUCUUGAAGCAACACCCUCAACCCUUUAAAUUUCCACACCAGCCGGCAGGUGUUGCCUUUGGAAGAGUUCAGCAUGUACCUGACUGGCUUCUGGACACGUGGCAUCCAUUAGAGAAGGCACAGUACCCAGAAUACUUUGCCAAGAGGGAAAUACGCAAGAAGGAAUUUAUUGAACGAUGGGAGAAGAAAUAUGGAAAAAUGGAAGAAAGUGCACAUUGAUGUGACGAGAUUGGCACGCUAAUGUGACCUACACUGUACAUAAGGACAUAUUUCAAUUUUGCUGUCAGUUUUCUAGUGUUGAUGGCCAUGCAGUGGUGUUAGAUAGCCCACAUCAUGGAUCUGCUCUGAACAUUGGAUGAGGACAACUCUCGAAGGUGUGAUACUGUAAAGCAUGGCUGUCUUGUCCAGACCGAUUGAAUAUUCAAAAUCAGAUGCAAUGAGACCAUGUACACUAUUGUAAUAAAUUAUGUCACUCUUUCAACA